AUGGACUUUCCCGGUGAUCGCGUGCAGCUGUCGCUACUGCUGCUGCUCGCGCAGCUGUCCCUGGUGCUCUCGAGGCCCGGGGAGGCUUGCCCGCGACCGUGCUCGUGCCAGCAACCGGGAGAGGUGCACUGCACGUUCCGCUCCCUGAUGGCCGUUCCCGCCGGUAUCCCAAAGCAGGUGGAGCGCAUGAACCUCGGAUUUAACUCCAUCAGUCGGAUCACCGACUCCUCUCUGGCCGGCCUCAGGAAGCUCGACCUGCUCAUGAUGCACGGGAACGACAUCCACAACAUUCCCGACGGGGCGUUCCGAGAUCUCAGUUCACUCCAGAUGCUGAAGCUGAGCUACAAUAAGCUGCGCGAGGUGGGUCGCGGGACGCUGUGGGGCCUCUGGAGCCUGACGCGCCUCCACCUCGACCACAACCGCCUGGAGUCGCUGCACCCGGACGCCUUCCAGGGCCUGACGGGGCUCCGCCUGCUCCAGCUGGAGGGCAACCGGCUCCAGCAGCUCCACCCUCACGCCCUCUGCACCUUCUCGCUGCUGGGCCACUUCCCCUUCUCCACCCUGCGCCACCUCCACCUGGCAGACAACAGCCUGCGCCGCAUUCCCCCCGAGCUCCUGCGGGGGGCGCCCCUCCUGGAGACGCUGACGCUGCACGGCAACCCGUGGAGCUGCGACUGCGGCAUGCGCUGGUUCCGGGCGUGGAACCAGAGAGCGGCAGGUGUGCUGAAGUGUAAGAAGGACCGGGCGUACGAGGGGGGGCAGCUGUGCCCCCUCUGCUCCUCCCCCGCCUCCCUUCGCCAGAAGGAGCUGCAGCAGCUUGAUGACCUCACGUGUUCGGCGCCGGUGAUUAGCUCCGCCCAGCGGACCUCCGUGCCCGAGGACACCGACAGCGAGGUCACGCCGCCCGAGGAGUUCCGCCCAGCGCUAGGCAACAUCUCCCUGGGCCUAACCGACGAGCACGGCAACAAGGUGAACCUGGAGUGCAGUGUGCGGGAGAUGGACGGGUCGACCCGCGUCAGCUGGGCCCAGCUCGGCGCCGGCAGCACUUCCAUCUCCGCCAACGUGUCGUUCUCCGUGGACCUGGAGUGCCCGAUGGACCGCGGGAACUACGAACGCUUGUGGCGCCUGAUCGCGUACUACAGCGAUGUUCCGGCACACCUGCAGCGCGAGGUGAUGCUGGAGAAGGAACCGAACCUCAGCUACCGGUACCGGCAGGACCCGGAGCGCGACGCGCUCUACUUCACGGGCGUGCGGGCCAGCGUGCAGGCCCGGCCCAGCUGGGUCAUGCAGCCCGAGAUGGACCUGCAACUGAACCGGCGCCAGUCCACAGGGAAGCUGGUGCGGCUGCUGCUCAGCGCUAGGACCACGCAGCACUUAGAACCGAAGGAGGCCCGAGACCAGAACCGAGCCUGGGUUCUCAUUCAGAACCACAACCGCACCAGAACCGCAGUCACUACCGUGGUGGGCCAGUCGGUGGCGCUGGACUGCAGCGUGACGAGCUCUGGCGACGCGGCGACCCUGGAGUGGGUUCUGCCAGACGGGUCGCGGGUUUCGGCUCCGCACCGCGGUUCCGACGGCCGGCUGUCGGUGGCGGAUUCGGGUCAGCUGUCGCUCCGGGCGACGGAGCACGGGGACGCCGGGCUGUACUACUGCGUGGCGCACGUCGCCGGGGACUUCAGCGUGCUGCCGUUCCGCCUGGUGGUGGAGGAGUCGUCCAGCCCUCCGCCCGGAGGAGAGGGGGUGACCGCGCCCGUGUCCGGGUUCGCCACCGAGCGCGUGUCGCUGCCCUGUGAGGCGUCGGGAUCGCCGGACGCCGAGCGCCACUGGAUCCUGCCGGACGGCCAUGUUUUGAGUCCGCACUCCAACGCCGCCGCACGUGCCAUCCUCGCGGCCAACGGCUCCUUGGUCCUCCCGCACGGCCAGAUCUCGGACAACGGCUACUACAAGUGCGUGGCACUCAGCGCUCACGGCGUGGACACGCUCGCCACCAAGCUCACGCUCUCGCGUCGCCAGGGGCGACCGCUGCAGAGGCCCCCGGUCCGGCCGCAGGGGGCCAAGGGGGUGUCUACGCGCGUGAGGCCGAAGCCCCCCCAGGCGCGGACUGAGAAGCGGGAGGAAGAGCAGGAGGAGGAGGAGGAGGAGGUGGAGGGGGCGUCUGGAGAAGAGGGGAUCCAGGAGGAGGUGGUGGAGCAGUCGGAGAAGCGCGGCGGGGAGGCCUCGUUUCCGCGGAGACGGAUGAUGCAGGGAGGAGGACGGGGCGGCGGCGGCGGGGGGGGACACCCGUCACGGAACUCCUGGAGACGCCCUGGCAUGCAGAGGAAGCCCAUCAGGCCCGGUAACCACGGCGCCGAGAGAGGCUCGGUAGAACCAUCGCUGCAGCCACGCCGACGGGUGGGUCUGUCGAACAAUCAGAUCGACCCCGAGCGGUGGGCCAACAUUCUGGCCAAGGUUCGGGACAGAACCAGGGGCACCACGCCGAGUCCGUCUCGGACCACCACAGAACCAGCACUCACUGACGAAGCGACCACUAACAGCCCACUGGACUACCCAGAGGAGGACCAGUUUGAAGAAACUACCACUCCAGAACCCGUCACAGAAAGCCCAAUGGGCCUCAGCACCCUCUACACAGAGGUCCAGACUACAGAACAAACAACAGAGCCCCCUCUGGACUUAGACGACCCAGAAGAAGAGAACCCAGAAUUUACCACGGAACCCCCUCUGGACUUAGACGACCCAGAAGAAGAAAACCCAAACUUUACCACAGAACCCCCUCUGGACUUAGACGACCCAGAAGAAGAGAUCUCGGACUCUACGACGGAGCCUCCUCUGGACAUUCGGUCCCUGUACGAGGAGGAACAGAAACACGUCAUCUACCAGAUCUCAGAGCCCGACACAGACCUCUUCACAGAGGGCACAGACAGUCCUCUCGACAUGAACACCCCUCCAACCGAUGCUGCAGAGGAUCUGCUCAGCGUAGAGGGGGAUAGUUUCGAGGCUGAUGUUACCACGGCCCCUGAGCUCGUCAGGAGCCAUGCACAGCCCAUCACCCCUGCUUCCUCCUCCUCUUCCUCCUCCUCCUCUUCCUCUCGGCUGGCAGGACCCACGGUGGCGUCCAAACCCAGAAUAGAAACAUCGGGACGGGCCAAGAGCGCAGUGGCCAGCCCCGACUCGGCUGUUCCACUCCCCGAGGGCCAGACGCCGGGCACCACACCUGCCCCUCCCAUCACCCGCGCCCCCCCUACCCGCCUCGUGCCCGCGCCCAAGAUACCCCCCUCAGGUGGCACUGCUGCCCGGCCCCAGAGCCCAGGUGCUGCCCAGCCGAGCCCAGCUGUGCCCACCACCGCCCGCGGGAGGCCCCGGAUAUCCUCCGCUAGCGUAUCCACGGUGACGGUGGCAGCGGAGGCCGACGCCCAUCUGCCCUGUGUGUCCAGCGGAGAGCCGAGGCCCUUCCUGUCCUGGACCAAAGUCUCCACAGGCGCCAGUGUGGCCCAGAACACUCGGAUCCAGCGCUUUGAGGUCCACUCCAACGGAACCUUCAUCAUCCGGAAAACGCUGCCGUCGGACCGGGGCCAGUACAUGUGCAGCGUUCAGAACCAGUACGGGGAGGACCGGGCCGUGGUCUCGCUCGUGGUUCUGUCGGAGCACCCCCGGAUCGUGAACCCUAAGUACCGGGAGGCCUCUGUGCACAUGGGCGACUCCGUGGACCUGGAGUGCCAGGCCAAGGGCCACCCGACCCCACGGGUCACCUGGGUUCUGCCGGACCGGGGUAUGGUCCACACGGGGGCGCUAGCGAGCACGGGCAGCAGUGUCCAGCGGGUGGCGCUGUUCCCUAACGGCACGCUGCGCAUCACACAGUCUGUCUACGCGGACCGCGGCAUCUACAAGUGCAUCGCCAGCAACGCGGCGGGCGCCGACUCCGUCACCGUGCGGCUGCAGGUCUCCGCACUGCCGCCCACCAUCCUGCAGGGGCGCCAUGACAACGUCUCGCUGCCCGAGGGAAGCACCGCCUACCUGCACUGCUCCGCUCAGGGCUCCCCGUCCCCCGCCGUCCGUUGGACCACCCCCGACAACACGCAACUCCGCCCCUCCCAGUUCGUGACGGGACGGAACCUGUUUGUGUUCCCGAACGGAACGCUCUUCGUGCGGUCCCUGGGCCUUGCCGACAGCGGGCGCUACGAGUGUGCCGCCACGAACACUAUCGGUGCGGCCUGGAGGGCCAUCAGCUUGGCCGUCGUCCCGGCAACCGCAUCGCUCCGUGCACGCAUCAUUUCCUCCUCACCCCAGAACACACAGGUGGGCUACGGCGCCCAGCUGCGACUAGACUGCAUAGCUGCCGGCAAACCAGAACCCAGGAUCAUCUGGAGGACCCCCUCAAAGAAACUAGUUGAUGCCCAGUACAGCUAUGACCCUCGAUUGAACGUCUUCCCCAACGGCACCUUGGUUCUCCAACCGAUGACGGAGAAGGACGAGGGCGACUACCUGUGCGUGGCUCGGAACAAGAUGGGCGACGACUACGUCCUGCUGCGCGUAGCCGUGGUUACCAAGCCAGCCAAGAUCAUGCAGAAGUCGUCGCUCAGUCAGGAGGUGACGUACGGCUCCGACCUGCGGGUGGACUGCGUGGCGUUGGGUCUGCCCAACCCAAAGAUCCAGUGGGCGCUGCCGGACGGAACUAUGAUCAACAGCAUCAUGACCUUUAACCCCAGCGCGAGCGGACCCAGCCGUUCACGCCGCUACGUGGUGUUUGACAACGGAACGCUGUUCUUUAACGACGUGGGCAUGAGGGAGGAGGGUGACUACACCUGCUACGCCGACAACCAGGUGGGCAAGGACGAGAUGAAGGUCAGAGUCAAGGUGGUGUCGGACGCGCCGGUCAUCCGAAACCAGACGCAGUUGCCCGUGCGCGUUCUCUACGGCGAAUCAGCCUCGCUGCGCUGUGAGGCGAAGGGAGAACCCACGCCCACAGUCUUGUGGUUCUCCCCCGCCAGUCGCACCAUCCCCACCUCUUCCGACAAGUACCGCAUCCACUCAGACGGAACCCUGGUCAUCCAGAAGGUGCAGCGUCUGGACGGGGGGAACUACACCUGUCUGGCUCGGAACAGUGCCGGGCAGGCCCGCCAGGUGACCCGACUGGAGAUUCUGGUGUCGCCGCCGACGAUCAACGGGCAGAGGGGCGUGGCCAACAGCGCACGGGAGCGGGGCGUGACGGACCAGCGGAAGCUUCUGGACUGCGUAGCGACGGGGAUGCCGGUUCCGCGCAUCAUGUGGGUUCUCCCCAACAACGUGAUCCUGCCGGCGCCGUACUACGGCAGCAGGAUGACGGUGCACCGCAACGGAACGCUGGAGAUCCGCGGGCUGAAGCGCGGCGACGCGGCACAGCUGACGUGCGUGGCGCAGAACGAGGGCGGAGAGGCGCGUAUGCAGGUGCUGCUCGAGGUGCAGGACCCCGAGGAGAGGCCUCCACCUCCCCCUCCACCUCAACAGAGACCUCCUCUCCUGCCUUCACCCCCCCUGCACAGACCUGCUCUGCCUUCACCCCCCCAUCAGAGACCUGCACUGCCUUCACCCCCCCUGCACAGACCAGCCCCCCCUUUAACCCCCAUGCAUAGACCAGCCCCCCCUUUAACCCCCGUGCACAGACCAGCCCCCCCUUCAACCUCCCUGCAGAUCCCCAAAACCGACACCCGCCCGCUCACCAUCGGCGCCCCCAUUCUGCUCAACUGCUCCCUGGCGGGUUCCCCCCUGGUUCCCCUCACCUGGGUUCUGCCCAACGGUUCCCCGCUGGCCAGCGGAGCCCGGUUCUCCCGGUUCUACCACCGGCCAGACGGCGCUCUGCUCAUCAGCAACCCGACGCUGUCGGAGAGCGGGGUGUACCGGUGCAUGGGCCGCAGUGGGGUCACGGGGUCAUUGGUGGAGCGGAGCGUGGCGUUGGUUCCAGAGCGCCCCCCGGAGAUCAGCAGCCGCUACACCGCCCCUAUCAGCAUCCUCAUCGGCGCCAACCUGCAGUUGCACUGCCAGGCCAGAGAGGGCGCUGCUCCCGUGCGGCUGAGCUGGAAACUGCCCACCGGCGUGGUUCUGACCCAGAGCCAGCGCGCCGGCCGCUACAACGUCCUGCCCAACGGGACGCUGUCCAUCACGCAGGCGUCGGCGCACGACCGCGGCUCGUACGUGUGCCACGUGGCGAACGAGUACGGCAGCGCCAGCCUCACCGUGCCCGUCAUCGUCAUCACGUACGCGCCGCGCAUCACCAGCGGCCCCGCGCUCACCACGCAGGCCCGGCGGGGCGUCGCCGUGCAGCUCAACUGCGGCGCCACCGGCCUCCCGCGGCCCGAGAUCGCCUGGGAAACGCCCGACCGCACGCGCCUGGUGGUCAGCCCUCAGCCGCGCCUCUUCGGCAAUAAGUACCUCCACCCCCAGGGGGCGCUCAUCAUCCAGAACCCCUCCCCCAGCGACUCUGGCUUCUACCGCUGCACGGCACGCAGCGUUAUCGGGGUCGACUCUAAGGGCACCUACCUGCGCGUGCUAUAGACUAAACUCUCCAAGGUCGUUGGGGUAGACUCAAAGAAUUCUAGAAUCCACCUCCACGUGCUCUAGAACUGUACUCAUCAUUAGACUCAAAGGGCACCUGUUUGUUUGUGUUCUAAAAAACAUCUUCUGAUUGUUCUAAGGAUUCUUUCCUGUUUACUCUCUAAAGAUUCCUGCACAUGAUCUAAAAGUACUUGCUUGUGAUCCAUGGAUACUUGCUUGUGUUUUAAAAGUGCUUGCUUGGUUUUUUUUUUUAAGAAUACUUGCCGGCGUUGUAAGGACACUGGCACAUCAGAAACAUAACUGCACACACCCAAAAAACUGCACACUGCCCAAAAAAUAUCUAAUCCUCCAAAGAUUAUAGUCAAGUCAAGUCAAGCCAUUUUCAUUUGUAUAGGCAUAUCCGUGGAUUAUUGUCUAGAAAAUUUCAUGCUCCAAAGAGUUCUGUGGAUUCUCCACACCUACGCACAUUUGCUAGACGAGCAGGCCCCAGAGAGUGCUCCCUGCGUUCCUGGGCCCCUUGAUCCGAUUUCAAGAGCAAAACCCGCCUCUAGCCAACAGCCAGAGCAGCAGCCCGGUCGAGAAGAGCAGAGCAGAGCAGAGCAGAGCAGAGCAGAGCAGA